GUGGUACCUCCACAACCUCGCGACCGCCACUGUUUGCUCCGUUAUACUUUCACCAAUACGUCUUCAUCACUUCCGCAGUCCACUGAUCGUGCAUAUAAAAUUCACCCCAAGAUGGCAUCCGCAAGAAUACCGCGGGCGGCUGUCCCGUUACUUGCGAAAUGCCGCCCUCUCAAGCAACCUGCUUCUGCUUCUCCGGCGGUCUUUGCAGCAAGAUAUGUCCACCAAAGCACUCGAUUGCCCGCGAUGUCAGCAUCAAAUUCGGCCAUCAGGCCAAAACUGCAGCCUUUACAUCAGCCUUCAAGCAUGCUACGGCCUACAUCAAUUGGUGGCACUCGCAGUAUUUUUAUUCAAACCGAGACCACACCGAACCCCGACGCCCUCAAGUUCCUACCAAACCACUCCAUCCUUCCAGAAGGUCUCCCAACCUUUCUUGAAUACAAGACCCCCGGAGCAACUAUCAAGCCACCAUACCCCUCACCUCUGGCCGCGAGUCUGAUGAACAUCAAUGGGAUCAUAGGCGUAUUCUAUGGUGCGAACUUCAUCACUGUAACAAAGGAUGAAGAGACCCCAUGGCCACACAUUAAGCCGGAGGUCUUUGCGCUCAUCACAGAAACCAUAAACUCCGGAAAGCCCAUCGUGAACGUUUCGGAAAGAUCUGCCGGCGAUGAUGCUAGAAUCGAGGAGGAUAGUCUCGCAUACAAUGAAAAUGACAGCGAAACAGUUGGAAUGAUCAAAGAGCUUCUGGAAACUCGAGUUCGGCCAUCCAUUCAAGGGGACGGUGGUGAUAUUGCAUAUAUGGGUUUCGAAGAUGGAUAUGUUAAAUUGAAGCUUCAUGGAUCUUGCACCACCUGCGAAUCAAGCACUAACACUUUAAACAAAGGUGUUGAGGGCAUGUUGAUGCACUACGUGAGUACUACUCUUCACUUGGUUUGAAGCUAAGAAACUGAUAAAAAUUGAACAGAUCCCAGAAGUCAAGGGAGUUAAACAAGUGAAAGAUCCUUCAGAUGAGAUCUCUGCAGCGGAGUUCGAGAAGUUCGAGCAGAAGCUAUUGAAGAACAAGGAAUCUGAUAGAAUUAAAAAUUUGACCUCUCUUCACGCCUAGGCAGUUGAAAACGGUACACAAAGAGAGGAAGAAGAGUACAAAACCAAAUAUGGUAAUUUCCAAAUAGCCAAUAAGGUAGUCUGGAUUAAUUUUGCGGACCUGCCAAUCGUGGGUCAGUUAAGGAACGGGAGGCAUUGGAAGGAGAGGCCAGCGUUGAAAACUGUACAAUAACUGGACAAGAUACCCUUGGGCACUGGAGUCACUAUUUCCGUAGCAAUACAAUUCUUUGGAGUUUGA